AUGUCGUCUCCCGCGCCCAGAAGACCAAUGAAGCUAUUACUUGUGACAUUAGGCAGCGUCGGCGAGGGUGAUGCAAUAACUACUUAUUGUAAUCACCACUUUUCAAGACGAAAGGCCGAUGAAAGCAUACCUGGUGUCGGAGAGGAUGCGGGCAAUACAGUAAAAGGCGACACGGAGACAGAAGCAUUCAUGUCGGAGAACCUUUCCGCACCACCUGGCGGCUCUAAGCCGUUAUCUGAAGAGUUCAUCCGGGAUGCUGAUGCUGUGCUGCUCGUGUAUAGUGUUACGAGCCGAAACACGUUCAAUAGAGUGCGGGGAGAGUACGACUUAAUCGAGCGACUGCGCAGAGAGCUCGAUCCAAGCCGGCGGUUUUGGCACCAACACCGAAUACCACCGAUGCCCAUAAUACUAGCGGGCAGUAUACCUGAAAUGGGAGAUUCAAGAAUGGUUUCAACAGAGGAGGGAGUAGCCCUUGGUGCAGAGCUUGGGGUUAAGUUCGUGGAGUUCACUGUGGCGGACAGAUCUCCUGUCGAAAUCCUUUUCCACGACCUGGUUCAGAACAUACGAGAUCACAAACUGUUAGCUCAAAUUGGGGACCAAUCGUGUUCAACGCCAGAACCUGUUUCAGUCUACAGUGUACGCACGGCUAUCAAAUCCUGGGCUACAUCAGCUAUCAGGAAGUUGACAGACAAGAAGUUUAAAGACUCGGUGAAUCCUCACCGGGACGAGCAGUAUACCUUGGUAGAAGCCCUCUCAGCUGACGAGGUGCAUAUUGCUCGGCGAUUAAUCUUAGACGGCGCGGAGAUAAACACACCUGAUUCAGAAGGGUUUCUUCCACUGCACCUGGCGGCAACCCGAGGUCGUAAAGAACUCGUGAAAUUGCUGCUUGAUAGGGGCGCCCUCAUUAACCGAGUUGCCCCCAUGAGCGGCACAGCGUUGAGCAUUGCGGCGGUACGUAAUCAGACCGAGGUCGUCGACCUUCUGCUCGAAUAUGGCGCCAGUCUGGACAUCCCCGCGGACUAUUACGGGACCGUGCUGCAGGCGGUUACCAGAAGAAGUCAUCCCAGCAUCAGACUGCGUUUUGAACUGCCCAGCCAUAGACGAUAA